AUGGAAAACCUCAAAAGCCUCGAAAAUGUAAAAUUUGUCAAUUAAGCUUAAGUAUCUAAGCAUUUAGAGUGUCCUAUAUGCAGUAACUUCUUGCAUAACCCUUUGCGUCUGACCUGUGGUCACACGUUUUGCUAAUCAUGUUUUGAAGGAUUAAAGGCUUCAAUAUAACACAAUUAAAAUUUAAGAUGUGCUAUUUGCAGAGAAGGCAUUGAUUUGAGGAAUAUUUCUCCUGAUAAGAUAGCUAAAAAUUUGUUAGAAGAAUAAAUUGUAUAUUGUCUUAAUAGAAAAAAUUCUUGUCUCUGGUAAGGGCCACUUUCCUAGUUAAGCGAGCACCUUGAUAACUGUACAUUUAAAGAACAUGAUGAGAUUAGUUAAAAUUUAAUAAAUCAAUUUGAUGAAAAAGUGCAAUAAACAGCUAAAAACUCUGAUUUAAAUACAGUCAUUUAAAACUAAACUUUUUUUGAUGACAAAUUUUAAGAAAACUACAAUAAAAACGUAGGUGGAUAGCUAAUGGCUCGUCUUCUUAACAAAGAUAAAAACUUAGGCUUACAAAUUGGUAAAUAGAACUUCUUAAAAUUUUAUUCAAUCAAAGAUUCAAAAAAAACUCUAAAGAAUUUUAUGAAAAACUCAAAUGGGAUUUAAAUUAUUUCUUCCCUCCAAAAAUUUCAAAUAAAACUAGACAAUAUUUUAUAAUUUUAUAUAAAAUUGCAUUUGUUUUCAAAAUAAUAAUAGCAAAGACUUUAAGCUUAAAAGAAGACUCUAGAUAAUUUGGGAAUAAUACAAAGAAAUCUGCUGAUGAAAAAUAGAAUGCAAACUAAUCAUAUGAUACAGAAGGAUUUGAAGAAUAGCAAGAAGAACAAAAAAAAAAUGUCGACGAUCUUGAUAUAAACGAUUUAGAUGAUGUUUUCCAAAUGUUUUCAGAUGAAAAAAGUGAUACCAAAGACAUCAUAAAUUCAUAAAUAACCUAAAACAAUGAAAAUAAUGAAAAAAAAUAAAAUCAAAAGUAAAAAGGAAGAAAAAAAUAAAAAAGUAAUAGUGGAGGUGAUGAGGAAUAUUUGCCUUAGUAAGAAAGAAAAAGGGGAAAUAAAAAGAGGAAAAAUGUGGGAGAUCCCUUAGAAGAAUUAUAAUUGUAAUAAUAAUUAUAGCUUUAUGAAUUAUAUGGAAUAGAUAUAAAUGAUUUAGAUUGAGUCACAAAUAAAAACAAACCAAAUAACAAACAAAUGA